GUGGGUUUUGAAAAAAGAAAAUACAAUCAAAAGAAUACGUCUGAUAAAUAAAACACAAUGCUAUUCGCCAUAUCAACGCUUACGAUUUUCUUAUCAUUGUCAACUCCAUCAAUAUUUUUGAAACUGAGCCCAUUAAGCGACAAGUAUUUCUUUUCGUAUUCUGAAAAAACUUACCAACAUGCAUGGUUAGACUGCGAAACCAAUGGACUUAGACUGGCAGCUAUACAAAACAACCAACAGCAAUCUGACUUAUUUAACGCUCUCGCGAAGCAAGGCCUCUAUACCACGGGAUACUGGAUAGAUGGCGUUUUGUCGAGGCAAGACAUGAAAUACUAUUGGUUACGAAACGCAACCGAAGUCAAGUAUACCCUUUGGGGAACAGGUCAGCCUCAGACUCGGCAAUCUAAACAACUUUGCGUGAAGUUGGGCAAUUUUUAUAAAUAUAAUGAACCUUAUAAGUUUCAGCUAGAAGACUGCACUUUUUGGCUUUCUUAUAUCUGCGAAAGGACAGACUUGUAACAAUGGAUUCUGUUAAAAUAAACUUGAGUCUCGUACAU